AUGCCUCCCCAUGAUCUCGCCGCACUCUCGCUAUACCCGGCAACGCCUGCACAAGUGCUGGAGACGCGCGAGCGUACAUGGCCGCACUGGGGCGGUAGCACCACACUUGAGCAAUACCUCCAAUAUUACAAGCGUAUGGACGAAAUGGAACACGCGCGAGAUGGAAGGAUGAUUACCUGGGUACUUGCGCCAAGAGGCGACCCCAUGACGCUUGAUUUUAUGUGUGCGUGUGAGACGUACAAGCGCACAGGACUCGUCGCAUAUCCUUCCCCAGAUGGCCCCAACAAAGUAAACGAAGUGCCAUGCUAUGGGAUCGCUAGCGUGUACACACCCGAGGCGAAGAGGAGGAAAGGAUAUGGGCAGCAUAUGAUGCGCCUGUUGCAUUGGGUGAUCUCGUCCUGUGAUGAUUUUGUCGAGUUUCCAAAGGAGUGGGGUGUGCCGCCACCCAAAGUGGACGGUGCGGGUGGAGCUGCGUUUUCGGUAUUAUACAGUGCGGUGGGAGAAGACUUUUACGGGGAUGCGGGGGUACAAGCAGAGGGUAAGGCUGGUGGGUGGCAGGUGAGGGCGCCAUGGUCUUGGGCAUGGGAGGUCAGAGGUCAGAUGGAGAAAGUUCCGGGGAGGGUUGAGGAGUCACCCGGGUGGAAGUGGGUGGAGGAGGGAGAUUUGGACGAGAUGUGGAGGGAAGACGCAGGAUUCAUCAAGAAUAGCUUGGAGGGCACACCGAGGUCUGAUCCCUCGUAUGAGACGCCGAGUCCCACGGCAUUUGUAUCGGCUCUGCCAGACAGGGGUGUCGGUUCGUUCCAGGUAGUGCGCUCGCUACUCGUAUCUGGGCAUGCGGUCCCGUUGAAAGUAUGGGGAAUAAGAAAGGAAAACAUUGGUGAUGAGAGGCGGGCGACGUAUGCAACGUGGGCUGCGAAUAUGUGGUCUACGCCGACGUUGAUUGUGACACGCCUGGCUGCGACGAGGGAAACGUUUCCGGAGCUACUUAAGAAGAUUAAAGAAGCAGCUCAGAGCGCAGGCCUAGAAAAGGUGGAGAUAUGGAACUUGCCAAGGGACUUGGAUGGUCUAGCAGAGGGAGAGGGAAAUGAGGACGGGAAGAAGUACGAACGAACACGUGGAUUGUCAAUGAUUAAAUGGUAUGGUAGAGGGGAGACACGAGAUGUCGAAUGGUCUUUCAAUGAAAGGUUUUGCUGGUGCUAA